GAGGGCCAGCCCAACUACACUCUCCGAGCAGACUGUGUAUUUGGCUACGACAAUGACGACUGGCUGCACACCCCUCUGCUGCAGCCAGAGGUCGUCCUGGGCCUCACACACCAGCAAAUUGAUGAGACCUUCAAGUACUUCUUCGUCCAACGUGGUCAGGUGAACGUAGGCAGGAAUGACGACAGAUGGACCUUACAGACUGAUGGAUUAUGCAUUAGCACCAAGGAGCUCGGAGUCUUUGCCACAAACAAACACAGGUGUAUCCACUCCCUCCAAGGCAAGGGGAUCUUGUUUUUACCGAACACACGAGCCAACGGCAUGAUGCUGGGUAGACGACAAACGUGCAUGGGAAAGCAACAGUAGAAUCAGGAGGAUUUAAAUGAUGGAUGGCAAGACUGAGUGCAGUUUUUCUGUGGUCACCAUGGAGGUGUGGAGCUCCUCUGCAUCCGAGGAGGAGGAAGAAGAGAGGAGCGCCGUCGAUAUUGUGCUAGAGGACAAAACCUGCCGCAACAGCAACACCGCCGACAACAACAAUAACAACAAUAACAACAACAAUAACCUUUGCAGGGAGGUAAAGGAAGUGCUGUGCUCAGACAGAGUUGGCCAGGUCACCAAGACAUAUCAUGACAUUAAGGCAGUCACACACCUGCUGGAAGAGAAAGAACGUGAUCUGGAGUUAGCAGCACGGAUUGGUCAGUCGCUCCUGAAACAAAACCAAGAACUGACAAGCCGAAAUGGAAUACUGGAUGAACAGCUGGAGAGUGCAAAGGAGGAGAUUGCUCAACUGCGUCAUGAGCUUUCUAUGCGAGAUGACCUUCUCCAGUUCUACGCAAGCACGGAGGAGAUAGAAAAUGCUGAAUCACACUCAACAAUAAAAAAAAAUGAAUCAAGCAGUUCUCUCAACAACUUUGUCCACUAUGACUUCAUGCAGCAGAAACUGAAAUGUUUAGAGGACGAGAACCGCAAACUUCGACUGGAGGCCAAUGAGCUCUGCACAGAGACUACGGAUUACGAGGAACAAGAGCAGGAGCUGAUGAUGGUGUGUGUGGAGGAGCUAUGUAAGUCAUCUCCUUCAUCCAAAUUGGAAUUGCAACAUUGUGAUUGCGCUAAACAAUCAGUGCAAUAUGGGACCUGUGUCUUUUUAGCCUCUGUCAACAAGCAAGUAGUGGACCUAUCAGACGAGCUAGCGCGCAAAAUGGAAGACUCUUUUCGUCAACAAGAGGAAAUCAGCCUGCUUCUUGCCCAGAUUGUUGACCUGCAGGCCCGCUGCAAACGUAUUACAAAUGAGAACGAGGAGCUGAAUCAACAUCUGAGUGCCUCCCGUGAGAAUAACCUGAAACUGGAGUCUGAGCUCAAAGACCUGCGGGACAAGUAUUCCCAGUGUGAGGACAUGCUCCACGAGGCUCGAGAGGACAUCAAAAAUCUGCGAAAUAAGAGCCUGCCCAACAGCACAGUGCAGCGUUACACUGCUCUGGCCUCUGUCCUCCCCAUGGACAGCCUGGCAGCGGAGAUAGAAGGCACCUUCCGUAAGGGCUUGGACACGCCUGCAUCGUCAGAAUACAAAACCCACCCAAGGCGUGUGUUUGAAACCGUACGUGUGGUGAACAGGUCGGUGAGGCUGCGCUCUCUAUGUCACUCUCCCGGGUUCCCAGGGUCAAACCCGGUGUCCGUGCACUCCAGCUCUACCAGUACCCCCCGGACUAGUUACUAUGGCUCCGACAACAUCAGUCUUACUCUGGAGGACAAGCCCGGCUCCAGUCUAGCCCAAAAAGAUGAUAGCAUCAGUGGGCCUAAGCGUCUGGGCCAGCCAGGCACUCCAGGAGGCCCUGACCUUGAAGCCGCCUUGCGCAGCUUGUCAGCUCGACAGCAGAACCAUUCGUCUGAGCGGCCAUUCUUCGAUGUGGAACGCGAGCGGAAACUGCGUGCCUUGGCGGCAAACAGUGACGGGGAUGAGGGUUCUAGUGGCUUCUUGACACCAAAUGACAGCCUGGCCUCCAGCCCAGCGACAUCAACCGGUACCAACUAUUCCAAUGGAAGCUCUCGCCACUCCUGUGACUCCUCAGGAUCCAGGUCAUACCUGCCUGAUCGCCUGCAGAUCGUCAAACCUCUGGAAGGCUCAGUGACUCUACACCAGUGGCAACAGCUGGCCAAACCAAACCUGGGGGGUAUCCUACACCCUCGUCCUGGCGUCCUGACAAAGGACUUCAGGGAGCUUGAAGUGGACAUACAGCACGUGUACAGUUUGAACGACCUGGAGGAGGAUGAACCUGACCUGUCGCUGAUCUCAGGAGCUCACAGCAUGGUGUCUCGAUCGGGUCCCAACCGCCCUCCGACUUUUCCCACUCCUGCCACAACCCACAGCCUAGUUCCCCAACCAUCCCUCCACACCCCUUCAUUCCCUUUUGGCCAUCACUCUAUCAACCUGCCAUUAUCUCCGAACUGUGAGCACGUGAGUGCUUCACCCGUAUCCUGCCAGCAAUGCUUUGGCCUCACGGCCUCCACCACCCUAAAUAUAAGCCGGUCAUCACCGGGGCUCCUACAGCUUCUUGAAGAACGAGGUAUUUCCGCCUCCUGUUCUCCCCGCCUACACACACACAGUAUCCACAGCAUAGAGCCUCGGCUCUCCGGCGCCGUCGACAAAGGUGGGGGCUCAUGCCCGGACAUGGCCGGGAAAAGGAACAAUUUGAGCUUCAACCUAUUGGAGAAGCUUCAGCAUCUCAGGCUGCACAGAGUGGCCGCCUAGAGGAUAGUGAGUUGUGAUUUUUUUUUUUUUUUUUUUUGGACAACCAUCACACUGCUCUUGGCCCACUGCACAUUGUGUCUGUUUGCGCUCCAGCCAGACUUUCAUGGUCCUCUUCUUUUCUGUUGUCAUGGCAAUGUGUUCACCUAUUUUCAUCUCAGGACAAUCACGCAAACUCAGGCUGCUUAAUUGCGGCAAUAGAUUAGUUUUUCACACAAAUAAGAAACUUCGAAAAAGCUGCGAUAAUCUUUUUAUACCAUAUGCUGUAGAGAUUAGUGACACAUUUUUUUUCUCCUGUAAAAAUACUUGUUUGUAGUGGAUGUAAAUUCCAUGCAGUAAUUUGUUACUAUCACACUGGUGAACUUUCAAAUUGCACUGAAACAUAUUCUGGUGUUCCUGUGUAUUAGCUGCUGUAUUGACAAAAAAUAUUGUAUAUCUUAUGAUCAUGUAUAAUUACAUUAACGGAAGUAAAUGACGAUGCACUGAGAGGACGAAACAAUGGCUGCACCGAAUCGUUGAUUUUCACCUUUAGCUGUUUUCACAUGGCGAAUGUUGUUUAGGCAUCAAACUGCUCCGAAGCACUCAUUUUAAAUCAAGUGAAUUAAUGUCUUUUAAAAAAACAACAACAUAAUCAUAUUCAUGACUUCAUAGGAAAUUUCAUUCUGUUGUGUUAGAAAACACAGUAAUGGUACAUAUGUACUUUUGAAAGCCGUAUACCGAACAAUCAUUGAAAGUAGAGGAAUUAACACACUUAUCUGUAGCAUAAGGGCAUAGGAUCCUGUAGUUUUAAAAGGGAAUGAAACAAAGAGCACGUUAUUGUCACUUGUGCUUGACGUUAACCAAAACACUAUUGUCUGCACUUUGAAUCUGCUCUGUCUGUAUUUGCAUUCUCUAUAAUAUUGCAGUGUGUGUAUAUACUAUCCCACCUGUGAAUAAAAUGUUGUAUUUCCA